CUGGCCAUAACAUAUUCAUCACAAACACUAAAAUUUAAGCAAAGUCUAAUUAAAAAUAUUAAUCUGAUUUUCAGUUUGAAAUAGAUUUUUAUAACAAAAAAAAAAAAACAGAAGACGUACUGCUAAAUAACAAAGAUACUUCGUCGACAUAUUUGAGAUCGCUUAUAGCUUAUAUUUUUAUUUACUUCAGAAUGUGAAAAUAUUACUCAUUUUGGCGGAUCAUAUAUUCAUGAAAAUUCUAUUGAAGCCGGGCAGUUAAUAUUAGCAAUCUCAAAAAAACGUCGAAUAUAUAUUUGCGUGAGUUCAAUAAAUUUUUCAUAAUAUUAUUUUUCAUGAUUCACAACCUUUUUUUUUUAAUGUUUAUAUAGUACGCUUUUUGAGAUGAACAAAAUUCAAUGCUUUUUUCGUUUAAUAACGCGAUGAAUUUAAUGAACAAAAGUGAAAUUUUUAAUGUCAAGAUGAUGAAACACUAUUUCCCCCCACGAGUAUGUAAAAUAUCACAUGAAAUACUUUGUUACCAAAGCAACCUCACCACUUCGCAUAACUACAUCCGCGGCCGCGCAAGCGCAACGUCGUGCGUGAUGUGACGUAAUUGUCCAUUCAUAAUUCUUCAUUAAUGAAUUGAUCAUUCAAAAUAUUGUUUGUACCGUGUACAUCACUCAAUACAUUGUACUAAUAUAUAAUAAAAUAAAUAAAAUAGUGUUACUUAUAGUUUUAUACUUGUAUUACAGUGGAAAAAUGUAGGUGUGGACCAUUCUAAAGUGCAUUCAUUCAUUGAUAAAGUGCAGGAAUGAGCACAUGCGCACUGCUGUCGUGAAUCAUAUUGGUGUAGUUAUUCUUGUCAAAUAAUAAUAAAGUGGCUUCAAGCGAAUUGAGUGUCUUUUGAAGUGUUCGAAUAUAGUUAGUCGGAAUUCAAAAACAGGCUGAAGUAGAACAUUACGACACUCCGGAAGUGGCGGGACAGUCAAGCCGGCCGAGCUCGUUCCGAAAGAGAUAACAACGGAUGAAAGAGAUAAACAGUAAUGGAUUUAACAUGGCGGACGAUACGCGUAAAGUGCGAGUUGAAGAAAGAUUGAAAAUAAAGAUUGGUGAAGCCAAAAAUUUACCAGGACGCAGCCAUGGCGGAUCUUGCCACCGGGACAUAUACUGCGUGCUGUCUCUUGAUCAAGAGGAAAUAUUCCGCACUUCCACUAUGGAACGGACUCUCAAUCCCUUUUUCGGAGAAGAGUUCCAGUUCGAGGUCCCCAGAAGAUUUCGAUACCUUUCAAUAUACGUGUUUGACCGUGACAAACAUCUUAAACAGGAUAAAGUGCUCGGCAAAGUUGCUAUCAAACGCGAAGAUCUCCACCUAUAUAAGAAAGACCACUGGUUCGCCUUGCGGCCAGUCGAUGCAGACUCAGAGGUGCAAGGCAAAGCGCAUAUCGAGCUGUCACUCGAAGACUCAAGAAAACGGCUCCGUAUGGAACCGAAGCCACCUGACCCCGCCGAUUACGAUAGCAACACGUCGAAGCUGAAAGGAAAUAACCUCGUUAGACUCUCCGAGUACUGCAAAGAGAGUAUGAAGUUCGGCUCGUGUUCAAGUUCGACGAGUAAGAAACUUCUAAGUUCCGCAGCGACGGAACCUUCUUUAGCUUUAUCACGUUCUGAAAGUCUGAAAGACAGAGCGCAAUGGGGGGGCAGAAAUAAACCUCCCAUGCAUGCUAUGUCCGAAUCGGACGCUUUACCCUCACCCACCGCCGCCGAUUACUGGUCGGAUCCGGAGCGACACUGUGCGGCUCGCGUCGGACCCGACACGCUUCGACUGAGAGUUCUCGAGUGUUCCGAACUCACCACUAAAAAUGGGCAGUGCGAUCCAUUCGCUCUCGUCACGUUGUUGUACUCGAAUGGACGAAAAGUUGAGAAACGCACUAAACCCAGAAAAAAGACUGUGAACCCUCAAUUCGAUGAUAUAUUUCGUUUUGAUCUCGUCAUGGACGCCGAUCCCAAAGACAAGGACAGCUCCCAAACGGCUGGCGUAGCAUGUGAGGCUAGGGUGUCCGUAUGGCACGACGCAGCGACACCGGUCUUCCUCGGAGAAGUGAGAUUACAACUACGGCAAACGGCGCCUUCUCCCCUCCGUGCUUGGUUCUUCUUAACGUCCCGCGCGGGAGGAGCAUUAUCUCGCGGUGCGACGCCCCCAGGGACGAGGUUAUCUGCUGGCAGUUCGACCCUCGGCUCGUUGAGGUUGCUACUCCAGUACACAGUUGAUCAUGUGUUCCCACUAGACCAUUACCGGAAGUUGGAGGAUCUGUUCCUGCGAAGUGUACAUCAGAAGCCAAUAACAGCGUCUGCGGUAUACAUUUUGGGAGAGAUAGUGUCAAGUAAGAAUGAUGCGGCGCAGCCCCUGGUGCGGCUGUUCACUCAUCAUGAUCUCAUUGUGCCCAUAGUUAAGGAGCUCGCGGACUCUGAGAUAUCUGCUCUCACUGACGCGACUACGAUAUUUCGUGGCAAUACUUUAGUGUCUAAGAUGAUGGACGAGACUAUGCGUCUUACUGGCGCGUCGUAUCUACGAGGGGUGCUUCGCCCCACGCUGGCCGCGGUAUUGGCAGAACGCCGCCCCUGUGAGAUCGACCCGGCACGGGUUAAGCCCUCCGCUGCUAUAUCUACCAAUUUGGCCAAUUUGAAAGACUACGUAGAGAGGGUAUUCUCAGCGAUAACGUCAUCGUACGAAUCGUGUCCGGCGGCGAUGUGUCGCCUUUUCGACGCUCUCCGUCAAUGUGCCGCGAGACAUUUCCCGCGGAACGCAGAGGUGCGAUACUCGGUCGUGUCGGGAUUCAUAUUCCUGAGAUUCUUCGCGCCCGCCAUACUAGGACCGAGACUGUUCGAUCUCACCACGGAACAGAUUGAUCCGCAGACGAAUCGGACGUUGACAUUGAUCUCUAAGACGAUCCAGUCUCUUGGUAACCUAGUGAGCAGUAGAUCGGCACAGCAGGUGUGCAAGGAGGAGUAUAUGGCUGAACUAUACCGCAGCUUCUGCACGCCCAGACAUGUGCAAGCAAUAAGACAGUUCCUCGAAAUAAUCUCCACCAGUACUGAAACUCAAAACAAUAACGUCCAAGAAACGCCAGUCUUACUCAAAGAAGGGUAAGUUUUAACAUUUUUUUAAAGUACAAAAAUUCAGAUCAAGGCUAUUUGUUAAAAUCUAAACAGUUUCUUUUAUCUGUUUGUGCUUCAUUUGGAUAUUGGAGAUAUGGGUAUGUAAUAUUAGUUAUCUUUGAAAUCUGAAUAAAUUAUUAUGGCAAAUAAUUAAGAAUAUAUAAUAGAGAUAAUGACUGGGUAAAAAAAGAGAUUCCAUUUAGUCCAUUAGUUAAAUAAUGGAAAAAU